AUGCCCAACCACCACCGCUCCCUUUUCCUCACAGCCCUCCUCGCCGCCACCGUCGCUGCGAUCCCCCAGAGCCAGCCGACCCAAACCCCCUCGCCCUCGCCCACCUCCCCGCCAGCCUCCACCAUCACCACCGUCCCCUCCACAACCUGCCCCCCCGGUUCCACCCUGCACACCACCACCGACUGCACCCUCGGCUUCCCAGUUACCUACUGCCACAGUCCCAUCCCUCUGACCACCCACUGUCCCUCGGGCUACUUCCCGGGCCUCUGGUCCCCCGGCCACUGCGAGGUUGCCGCGACGUGCUACGCCGUCGACUCGCCGUGGAUCACAACCUCGUGCUCGCACGGCGGUAUCCCCUGGAGCACGUCGACGCUGUACAGCGGGAUCCUGGAGGGCGAAACGACGAGUACGACGAUUAGUAUCGUGUCGUGCUCCUGCGCCAGUGACCAGUAUUACAGCGCGACCUCCCUCCCCGGUCGCUCCACCUACGAUAACUUCUGCAUGCCCUCCAGCAAAUGCCCCAGCGGUAUGACCAGCACCACCUCCACGAACGAGUACUGCGUCACUGCGACGGCCGAGUGCGCGACCUGGAACUUCCCGACCGUCACGGAGAGUUGUUAUUGUGCCAACCCGAGCCAGACGGCUGUUUAUCCGAGCGGGGAUGGGGCUGUUGCGACAGGGUGUGCGGCGAUCUGA